AUGUCUGUCAAUCUCUCGCUAGAUGAUAUUAUCGCCAAGCACAAGGUAAAACGACACGAAGGUGGCCGAGGUGACCGCCGGGCUCCUCGUGGAGGCACGGGUUCUGGUGGACGUAGGGGAUUUGAGUCGAAGACGACGGUCCCUGGUGGAAAAUGGAAGCAUGAUCUCUUCGACCGUCGUGGUUCACCCGAAGCCGUCCGCCCCGCCGCCAGAAACACAAAAGUCCGCGUGCUCAUGUCGAACUUGGCCGAUACCGUCACCGCCAGCGACCUUGAGGAGCUCUUCUCCGUCUACAACGUGGAGAGCGUUGUCCUCCAUUUCAACCAACAAGGAGAAUCUCUCGGCACUGGCGAAUGUACAUUGCGCAUGGCUGACGCGACGGAGAUGCUGAAGGAGCUUUCGGGACUGGCCAUCGACGACAAGCGGGUGAAGAUGACGCUAGUUGAUGAACACAACACCAAAACCAUCGGCUCGCUGAAGGAUCGUGUCCAGCUGCCCAAGACAGCACAAAGAGGAAACCUGCACAAGACGUUCGGAGGAGGCGUGCGCAAGGGGCGAUCGUCACCGCGUGGCCAGAAGAGCGGUGGUAAAUCGUGGAAUGAGCACGACGACCGUUUCGGCUCUACUGCUACUGAGGGAUCUGGAUCUCGUGGUCGCGGUGGUCGCGGUCGCGGCGGCGAUAAGAAGAAGCCAAUGUCCGAGGACGAACUGAAUCGGCAACUAGAUGAAUAUAUGGGCGUCAGCAAGGACAAUAUGGAACAG